AUGAGUGGGCUGCUAAGAACCACAUCGCGGUCAGAAUCAGAAAACAGUGUAUACGGUAAAUUCACACGCCCCCAUUCCAGUUUGGUAGAGUUCUACAUGCAAUUCGAGAGCGCGCAGCGCUAUCGACAAGAUAAAUUAAACGCAGAGUGCGUGGGUUACCUGCCUGAGUUUAAAACGCCAUUAGCACUCGAGCGUAAUAUUGCACGAGAAUUCACGAUCACUAUUUUUUAUGAGCUACAGAAAGAAAUAGAAGCAGCUUGUUUUUAUUGUUCUGUGAUUGGUGUACGCCAAGACAGGGAUAGCACCCAUUACGACAUUGCAAAUGAGGGCAACAUUAUUGCGACCAUGCACUACAAGGUUGGUAGUCUUGGAGCAUCAUGCAACUGCAACUUGUUCCGAAGAAUGGGCUUGGUCUGUCGGCAUAUGUUUGUGGUUUUUCGGGGUGCACAGAUGGAACAGUUACCGGCUGAAUACAUUAUUGUGAGCCGAUGGUGCAAACAUCUUACUUGCGGCGCAUGCAAAGGAGUACCGUCAAAUGGUGAUAAGCCAACCCCUAUAGCAACACAACUGUGGGAUGAGAUAAACACGUGCGUUGGACUGGUAGGCAACAGCCUAGAGCGGCAAACGCGGAUGGUCUCGAUACUGAAGGACCUUAACGCAGAAUUCAGUAGUGACGGACUAUCUACGAACCCUGUUAAGGGUAACCGUGUUGCGAUACAGGCAUUAUGCGGUGUUGAGCCGCCAGAAUCAAUAACAAUCAAGCCCCCCGCCCAAGCGAAGAACAAAGGCACUGGAAAGCGUAUAAAAAGCCACAGGGAGAUAGCCAUCGAGAAAAAUGCCAAAAUCGGACGAAAGUGCGGGAUCUGUGGUAAAUAUGCUCGCCAUAACGCCCGUAGUUGCCCGUCAAAGUAA